UUUCGCAUCGUUUUUUCUUUAGUCGGUGUUUUUUUUUUCUUCAUUGAGUGAGACUCUUCUCUUCAUCUACAGUUUCCAUUUUCUUUCCGUCGCGUUUACAUCUCCGUCGAAUUCAACCUUCAAAAGAGAGUACAAAUCACGUCUUAAUUGCUCCGCUGUUUGUUGUACAUAGUAGAGACGAAGAAGUGAAUCAAUCUCACAAGUUUUCGAUUCAAGGAUCGUAAUCGAAUUCUCAAGCUAGAAAGUUUUUUUUAUUCUUCUUCGUUGGAUCGGUUUCUUCGGGGCUUAUUGCGUCUACGAAUUGGUGAGUGAUCUUACCAUAUGGCUGCAAGUUGUGAUGGAAGUCAAUCAGACCAAAGCUCUACGUUCGAGCCAGGGAUCGACAACAUAUACGAAGCAUUCAUCUGUCCGUUAACAAAGCAAGUCAUGCAAGAUCCAGUCACGUUGGAGAACGGCCAGACCUUUGAGCGUGAAGCCAUCGAGAAAUGGUUCAAGGAAUGUGUUCAAAACGGCAAACCUGUGUUAUGUCCCAUAACUUCCAAGCAGCUUAGCAUCACCGAUCUAAGCCCGAGUAUAGCCUUACGCGACACUAUCGAAGAGUGGAGAGCGAGGAAUGAUUGUAUGAAGCUUGACAUUGCUCGUCAGUCGCUCUAUCUAGGUAACUCCGAGGCGAAUAUUUUGCUGGCGUUGAAGAAUGUCAGAGACAUCUGCAGGAACAUACGUUUGAUCAAACGACGUGUCCGGAACCCUCAGCUUGUAAGGUUGGUUACUGACAUGCUGAAAAGUACUAGUCAUGAAGUGAGGUAUAAGGCUUUGCAGACGCUGCGAGUUGUCGUUGAGGGAGAUGAAGAGAGUAAGGCGAUUGUGGCUGAGGGAGACACUGUGCGUACUAUAGUUAAGUUCUUGUCCAAAGAGCCGCGAAGGGGAAGGGAGGCAGCUGUUUCUUUGUUGUUUGAGUUGUCUAAAUCAGAGCUCUUGUGUGAGAAGAUUGGUUCGGUUCAUGGAGCUAUCCUCUUGUUGGUUGGUCUUACAAGCAGCAAGUCGGAGAAUGUUUCAACUGUUGAGAAAGCUGAUUUGACUUUGACGAACUUGGAGAGGUCAGAGGAAAAUGUUAGACAGAUGGCUAGUAAUGGUAGACUCCAGCCUCUUCUAGCUAAACUUCUUGGAGGUUCACUUGAGACAAAAGCAUCCAUGGCAUCUUAUCUUGGAGAGCUUGCCUUAAACAACGAUGUGAAAUUUAAUGUGGCGCAGACCGUUGGUUCUUGUCUUAUCGAUCUCAUGAGAAGCCGUGACAUGCGUGGAGCUGCUUUGGGAGCUCUCAACAAGAUCUCAUCUUUUGAAGGAAGUGCCAAAGUCUUGAUCGGCACAGGACUUCUCCCGCCGCUUAUCAAAGACCUGUUCUACGUUGGGCCGAACCAGCUUCCCAUCCGACUUAAGGAAGUCUCAGCUACCAUUCUUGCCAAUAUAGUCAACAUUGGCUAUGAGUUUGACAAAGUCCCUGUUGGAGCUCAUCACCAAACUCUUGUUUCGGAGGACGUAGUUGAGAACCUACUCCUGCUAAUUAGCAACACCGGUCCGGAGAUCCAGGGGAAGCUCUUGGAGGUUCUUGUUGGACUAACUAGCUGCCCUAACUCGGUUAUAAACGUUGUCUCCGCCAUCAGAAACUCAGGUGCCAUCAUCAGCUUGGUUCAGUUCGUUGAGGUUCAUGAUAAUGAUGAUCUGCGUUUGGCUGCUAUCAAGCUGCUUCAUAACAUUUCACCGCACAUGAGCGAAGAGCUAGCCAGUGUGUUGCGCGGCACUGUUGGACAGCUUAGGAACCUUGUUGGGAUCAUAUCCGAAAGCACAACAACGAUCACUGAGGACCAAGCUGUUGCUGCUGCGCUCUUAGCUGAGCUCCCCGAGAGAGAUUGGGGUCUGACGCAGAGAUUGCUAGGAGACGGUGCUUUCGAGAAAAUCAUCUCCAAGAUUGUUCUUAUUCGCCAAGGUGAGAUCAGGGGGAAACGGUUUGAGAGAACUUUUCUGGAAGGACUUGUUAAGAUACUAGCUAGGAUCACCUUUGCACUCACCAAGGAGGCUCAGGCCGUUUCGUUCUGCCGUGAAAACAAUCUCGCUUCUCUGUUCCUCGAUCUCCUUCAGUCAUACAGUCAAGAUAACAUCCAGAUGGCUUCUGCUAUAGCUUUGGAGAAUCUUUCACUUGAAACCAAGAAUCUGACGGUGAUACCGGAGCUGCCUCCUCCAAGCUACUGUGUCUCCAUUUUUUCAUGUCUGAGCAAACCGCAUGUUGUUCUAGGGAUGUGUAAGAUCCAUCAAGGGAUAUGUUCGCUGAGAGACAGCUUUUGUCUUGUUGAAGGACAAGCGGUGGAUAAACUGGUUGAUCUCUUGGACCAUGAGAACGACAAGGUGGUUGGACCAGCACUUGCGGCUCUCUCGACGCUGUUAGAAGACGGUUUGGAAGUAGAAAACGCGGUGAAGUUGAUCGUUGAAGCAGACGGGUUAACGCCUAUAUUGAACGUUCUGUUGGAGAAUAGGACAGAAAAUUUAAGGAUUCGAGCUGUGUGGAUGGUUGAGAGGAUCUUGCGUAUUGAAGAUAUAGCUAGAGAGCUUGGAGAAGAACAGAACGUGACUGCAGCACUUGUUGAUGCAUUUCAAAACGCUGAUUUUAAAACUAAACAGAUCGCUGAGAACGCGUUAAGACACAUCGAUAAGAUCCCAAACUUCUCUGGUAUAUUUGCACCAACAUUGGCUAAGUGAGUCUUAUAUGCAUAUCCUUGUAAAUGAUUUUUUUGUA